GGUAAUUUUAAUAAACAAAAUAGUAAAUAAAUUUGAAUUUGAAUUUCGUUCCCGCCAAUGACCGGCCGAUGACCUCGUAAGUUACGAGUAGUAUUGCGACUAGUCACCGGGUGUCGCAUAGAUCACUAAGGCCCGUCCGUUCGUCAUUUCCUUAGUCUAAGGUAGUGGGAAUAAGUUUCCGGAAUGGUGAACGGGAGUGAAAUAAUAUAAUGGACUGCGGAACGAGAAGAAAGCAAAAAGAGAGUUGUCGGGACGACAAGUACAUCGAUAGAAAACAUCAGGUUAUAAAGUAAAUUUUUGAGUGGAGAGAGAGAGAGAGGCGCUAAAUUUGAGAGGCCCAGAAUAGCCAGCAGAACAAAGGCAGCAGCUUUUGGAAAAUACGCAGCGCGUCUAAAUUUCAUAAGGUAAAAUUUAUAAUUGAUUAAGGCCUCUAAUUUUGAGGGCCGAAUUAAUUAUAAAUUAAUUACUUAGCAUCUUUCUACUGGUUGCGUGAAUUAGAUUGGUAACUCAAGGCCGUCGCCUAGUUUAGUCACGCGUCUCGCGUUCUCGAAAUUUCCGUAGAUUCUUUGCCGUGUACUUGUCUUUCUGUUGUAACUCUAAAUUUAUUUCAUUCGAGGCCUCUCGGCUGGAAUAAAAUAAAUUUUCCGCGUAAAUUAUCCAAUAAAUAAAUUAAAAUAAAUUCAAUAUUUUAAUAAAAGUAUUCAGGCCUGUCGGCCGCUCUAGACAAAAUUUGUCCGCAUGUAAGAUCAUAAAUUAAGGCCUUGCGACACCAAUUGACCGGCCGAAUAUUCUAGUAAAUUUAAGACGUAAUUCUAGUCGUUAAAUUAGUUAUGAAAAAUUUAUAAAAUAAUGUUGAAAUAAUUCUAAUUAAAAUUAUAAAAUCAAAAGUAAAACGCUAGACAAUUACGGUAAAUUUGUGUCGUGUAAAAGUUAAGAAGGAUUAUUUUGUCAGUAAAUUAAAUUGAGUAAAAAUAAUUAUCAGAAAUAGUGAGUAAAUUAAUGAUACCGAUUUUGAAAACAAAUAUUAAUGGGAAAAUUUUCAGUGGGAAAUUAAUUAAUUAAUAAUUAAAUUAAAACCUAAAUUAAUUAAUUAAUAAAUAUAAUUGAAUUAAAUAAGACAGUAAAAAUUAAUAAAUGAAUUAAAUAAAUCAAGGUAAAUAAGUAAGAAUUAAUAGUUGUGAAAUUUUUAUAUUGGAGAUUUUAUUGGUGAAAUUUUGUAUUGAAAAUCAAGUUUAUUAAUUGAGUAAAAGGAAAUGAAGUCAUAAAUUAAAUAGAGUUCAAAGUAGAGUCAAUAAUUUUAAGUAAAGAAAACUGUGUCUGUGAUUUAGGUCCGGUGGACAUGAUAAGGUUAUUUUAAAUAAUUACACAUCCAGGGGAUGUUUUUAAAUUAAAGUUAAGGCUUACCGUCCAGGGGACGAGAUAAAUUCAGUGGGUGUGUGGGUGUGGAAAUCCGUCCAGGGGACGAGGAAAAUUUAGUUUGUCAUAAGAAUCCGUCCAGGGGACGAGGAAAUUUAGUUUGUCAUAAGAAUCCGUCCAGGGGACGAGGAAAUUAGUUUGUCAUAAGAAUUUUAGUUUGUCAUAAGGAAUUUAGUUUGUCAUAAGGAAAUUAGUUUGUCAUAGAAAAAUAUUAGUUUGUCAUAAGUAUAAGGAAAUAAUUAUUGUCAAAAGGUAAUGAAUAAAGCAAGGUGCUUAAACUAAAUAAAAUUUGAAUUAACAUUAUUUCAGCCUACUCUACGAUUCCUCUUCUCACUCACAAAAUAUUACGAACGACCCUGAGUAACAAAUUAAUUUAAAUUAAUAAAAAUAAAAUCCUCCAACAUCCGGUUCUGGAAGGCCGAGUCCAUCUUCCAGUGGCGCCCUAAUAUUCGACCAUAAUACUAGGUGCGACCAGACUUGGCAAGAUUAGUCUCUCUGUCAUAUUUGGCGCCCAACUUUUAAGUAUAAAAACCCCCCGUAAAAUUUUGUGAGAGUGUUGAGGAGUUGAGAUUUGCUGAGGUAUUGCAACAAAAUUUUUGAAAAAUGUGGGACAUAAAAUCUUGAAAUAAAUAAAAUAAAUUAGUAAGGAGGAAAAUUUUGAAAUUGAAAUAAAGUGUGGGAUUAAAUAUAUUAAUAGAUAGAAAUUUUGAAAUAUUAUUAUGACAAAAAUAAAAUAAAUAAGAGUGAUAGAAAUAUUGAAAUAUUACUUGAGGAUUAAAAUCAAAUAAAAUUACUCAUACUAAAUUCUCACUAAUAAAAGAAUUCAAGAGAUUAAAACUUAAAAUAAAACUAUCGAAAUAUCAAAUAAAAUUUAGUGUUAGAAAUAUUUCAAACAGACAACAGUUGAUUUUACAUUAUAAUUACUUAAUUAUUUAAUUCAUUUAUUUUAUUAGAUUAAAAUUAACCGGAAAUAGAUAAAAUAAAUUAUCGAUGAGUCAUUAAGAAGCUUAUCAUAAUUUAUAUAGUAACUUAAAAUAAAAUAAAUUUUAAACUUUACAAAAUUAAAUUUAAUUUACAAUAACAAAAUAAUCCGUCGACAAUAGAGAAACAAUAGUUUACAAUAUAUUUAGUAGUUUUAUAAUCCCGAUACAAAAGAAAACUUUAUCAUUCAAUAUAUUUCAAUCAACAAAAUACGAUACAAAAUGGAUAAUCUACUACAACAACACGGACUUAUCGAUGAAGAAACAAGAAGAUCGUCAAAUGGUCGUGGUCGUGUACAACAACAAUUACCAAUUAUCAAUCCGGGUUUACCACAAAUACCAACCGUUUCGUCAACAACAUCAACUACGUCUUCAGUAACAACUACUAUGAGUACUAGAAUAAGUCAUCCAUCUCAACUACAAAACUUGAACAAUCCAAAUCCAUUGGAUAGACAGAACACAUUGCCAGCACGCAUGGUUGAUGAUCGUUUUGAGGAUGUGGAUGAAGCCGCGGGAGGUGAUAUACCACAAGAAUUUCGGGUGAUCUUUAAUAGAAUGGAUCUAGCAUCUCAUCAGGUUCGACAGAUGUCAUUGGAACAACGUGCAAUUAAUGAGGACAAUUCGCGGUCAAUUAAUCAACUGACACGCAUGCUGGGUGAUAUGAUGAAUACACAGAGAGAGCUAUUAGACCGGAUAACCUCUCGUGAUAAUUCUUUACGAGGAAGUUCCCCUGUGAAUUGGCAGGCAGCUGAAUUCCAACUAGGAGGUUCAACCUUUGCCCCGAUGGGUCAAGGUUUGGCAGGGGGGAGAGACCAUCCAGCUGCAUCAAGGCCUCAACCUGAUAAUCAUCAAGAAAGAGCCGAACCAAGUCAAGAUAUUCCAUUGGCUGAAAGAAUAAAUUUUCUUCAAAAUCAAUUACAACAGCUACGGUCAACACAACAACGUCAGUCGAGUGGUCCUCAAAAUAAUUUGGGAUCGAGUGGAGGCCCGGUACCCCAGGCCUUUUCUAACAUAAGGCCGAGGUCGGCCGCUCCGAUCCAAAAUUUACAACAAAGUCCAUCUGGGUUGUACACAGAUGACAGAAGGUGGAAAGGAAUCAUGCAAAGUCUUAAAAUGGGUAAUUUAUUUUAUCCACAAGAAGGAAUGUCUGUCAACGAGUUCUUGUUCGCAGUAGAGUCCAGAGCACGCAGAGAGGGUUGGACACAAGAUGAAUUACUGAAAGCUAUGAGCUACAUUUUACAUGGCACUGCAGCAAGAUGGUACGAUGCAAAUUACAAAGGUUGGACGGAUUUUGAACACUUCAAGUCUGAGUUCAUUAAAGCUUGUGGAACAUCUACAACAGACCAUCAAAUCAUAAUGGAAAUCAGUAAGCUCCGUAUGAAACCUGGGGAAAGCCCAACAGAAUUUGUACUAAAAAUACAACAGAAAUAUCAGAGCAUGCAGAUUCCACCUCCUGUUGAUGAUCAAGUGGCAUGCAUCAGAAACCAUCUUACUGAUGAAUUGAGAUUACUUGUAUUUGCGAGGCCAGUAUUUACCUAUGAGCACCUGUUUAACGCCUUACACGAAGCAACCAGAUGUAUUGACGAAGCUCAACAACCAGCUCCAACAGUAAAAACAGUGAAAUUCCAGGAUAAACCACGAUUUGGUUUAUUACAAUCUACACCAGAGAAUCUCAGCCAUGAAGAGGAUGAAUAUGAGUUAACAAAUUGUAACGUAAUGGAGUCGUCUAGUCCAUCAUCUUAUAACAACAAAUAUGGCGUUCAGACUAGACCAACGAACAAUAAUUAUUCAUCAUCUUACAAUCAAAGACAACAGAACUAUUAUCGGCCACGUAUGAACCAACCUGCGGGUUUUUCAAGUAAUUAUAAUCGAUAUCCUUCAUCACCACCGAGAAUUAAUCGGCCAUGCUUUAAUUGUGGGAUUCAUGGACACAUGUUUGAAGUAUGUGAGAACCCGAGACAAGAUGUUUGCAACUACUGUUUUGAAAUUGGUCAUCUUAGAAAUAAUUGUAGUUUGUUGGUUCGAGGUAAUAAUAAUAGUUCACCACAAAAUGUACAACAAGACAAUCGGGAUACGGGUCGUCAAGACAAUAUAAUUAAUACUGAAGAUGAACGAAAAAACCAGUAAAGCCU